AUGGCUCUGCAGGCAAUCAGAAGGGCGAAUGUGCGCUUGCCUCCAGAGGUGAACCGUAUCUUGUAUGUGAGGAAUCUGCCUUACAAGAUCAGUAGUGAAGAGAUGUACGAUAUAUUCGGGAAGUAUGGACCCAUCAGACAGAUCAGAGUGGGGGACAAGGCAGACACAAAGGGCACCGCCUACGUAGUUUACGAAGACAUCUUUGAUGCCAAGAAUGCAUGUGAUCACUUGUCCGGAUUCAACGUCUGUGGCAGAUACCUCAUAGUGCUUUACUACCAACCGCACAAGAUGCACAAGAAGAUAGACCAGGAGAAGAAGUCCCAGGAGAUCGCAGACUUGAAAGCCAAGUAUGGAGUCCAGGACACGCCGAAACACUGA